GCUGCUAGUAACUCGGGCAAUCUUUUCUUGACUGCAGCCGCUCAAAACCUGCUAUGUGUCAAAUUAGCUGAGGCACUUGGGGUUAAAGUUUCAAAUCGAUGGGUUACUUGGCUCAAGGCUGCCAGCUUACCUGCAAUUAUAUGUCUUCUGGCAACUCCAUUGAUCCUAUACAAGAUAUUCCCUCCUACAACCAAGAACACACCUGAUGCUCCUGCCAUGGCCAAGAGGAAACUGGAGCAGAUGGGUACUGUUAAAAGGGAUGAAUGGGUGAUGGUUGGUACCAUGCUUGUGACAGUGGCAUUGUGGAUCUCUGGAGAGGCUCUUGGAAUGGCAAGUGUUGUUGCAGCAAUGCUGGGAUUGUCAAUACUUCUGCUGUUGGGAGUGCUUGAUUGGGAUGAUUGCUUAAGUGAAAAGUCAGCAUGGGAUACCCUGGCUUGGUUUGGGGUUCUAGUGGGCAUGGCAGGCCAACUGAACGCCCUUGGGAUUGUACCCUGGAUGUCUAACAGUGUGGCCAAUUCUCUUAAAUCCCUUUCACUGGGCUGGCAUACUGCAUUUGUUAUCCUUCAGGCAGCAUAUUUCUUUAUCCACUAUCUAUUUGCAAGUCAAACUGCCCAUGUUGGAGCUCUGUACUCAGCAUUUCUUGCGAUGCACCUGGCAUCUAAAGUGCCUGGUUUGUUGGCAGCGCUGGCUUUGGGAUACAGUACCAACUUGUUUGGUGCAUUAACACAUUAUAGCAGUGGUCAGGCUGCUGUAUACUAUGGAGCUGGUUAUGUAGAACUUCCUGAUGUUUUCAAACUGGGAAUUGUAAUGGCUCUUAUUAACAUUGUGAUAUGGGCAUUGGUUGGAGCUCUUUGGUGGAAGAUUUUGGGCCUUUAUUGAGGUCAAAUAUGUAAGUUAAUGUUAUUCUUUCUUAUGUUUUAUGAAUAUUCUCCUGUUACAAGAAAGAAUAAAAGGUUUCAACUAAAAUUGCUUAAUUUACGAGUGAUAAUCUUUUUAGAAUAUUGUACUAAUCUGAUAAUGCAGAUUAGAUUCUGAUGACUAAAUUUGCAUUGAGUACCCAAUUUUUUC